AUGUCCAUCAACCCACGCUCGUUCAAAGACCAGGCCACUCUACCGUGCAUCAUGUUGCCUCCUUCAAAAAGUCCCAAGUCCUUUGACCGCGAUGAUGUGAUUGAGAAGAUCGAGAAUCAUUUCAACAAGAGGUCCACCCAGACUUUUCGAUCCAUCGCCUUGUAUGGCAUUGGUGGCGCGGGCAAAACACAUGUGGCUAUCAAGUAUGCCCAAGCUCGAUACAAGCAACAUAAAAUUAAUGCGGUGCUUUGGGUUGAGGCGGAGACAAAGAUCAAGGUCAAGCAAAGCUUUUCCGAUAUUGCGGGAAGACUCCAGCUGCCAGGCUAUGUUCCUCACAACCAUGACGACAACCGGCUGCUUGUUAUGACCUGGUUGCAACAGACGAUGUUGAAGAAUGUGGGAGAAAACAAACUGAUGAUUCAAAUUCAAAUCAUUGCAGAGGCCAAAUGGUUGAUAGUCUACGACAAUGUAGAAUCUUUCGACGUCCUCGUCACGCACUGGCCCAACCUAGCGGCAAAUGGUCACGCCUUGAUCACCACUCGCAACACCGAUCUUGCCUGGGAGCCAGCAGAAGUCGGAAUUGAAGUUGAGACUUGGGACAUCGACAACGGCGCCAAGUGUAUUAUCCAUCUACUCGCCGAUCACAUCAGCGCCGAUGUCUUGGCCAGCCAGUUCAACUCAGCGCUAGAGCUCUCAGAGAGGCUCAGCGGCCACGCUUUGGCUCUAGACAGGAUGGCGGGUGUUAUUCACAAGCGCGGCUGGACCAUAGGCCAGCUGGUCGAGAUCUAUGACCGCGCCCCGGAGUUUGGACAGAACGGUAUCGGCCCAGUCUGGCAGAUCUCUUUUCAGAACUUGAGCGUCAAUGCGAGUUCGAUUCUGGCGGUCAUCUCGUGCUGCAGUGCGGAUCGGAUACCGGAGAUGCUCUUUCAGCCCGGAGAACCGGGAAAGUUGGCAACGGAGCUGCCGUGGUGUGGAGAUGUUUUGACGUGA